AUGCGCUCCCAUGACGUGUUAAAGACGGAUGAGGCCAACGAUGCUGCCUGGGAGGCCGCCAAGGGAGCUGUCGUCGGUGCCGCCAAAUGGGGAAUGGGCACGGCCAUUCUUGGAGCAAUCGGAUUCGCCUGGUCGCCCGUCUACCGGGGAACGACGGUCCAGUUCAAGGUGUACCUGCAAAUGUCGGGCAUGGUGUUUGGUGGUAUGAUCCAUGCCGAUGCGCAGUUGAGAGAGUAUGAGGCGAGGAUGAGGAUGCAGAGGAGGCUCAUACGCGAAAAGGCCAAGUGGGAGAGGUACGAGGAGGAA